GCCCCCGACUCGGUGACUCUGGGAGCAGGUAUCGCUGCGUGUGACCGUGGCCAGCAGUGGCAACUGGCGAUCUGCUUUCUUCACGAGCUCUCCGUGCCGCCGACUUUGAUUGCAGUCAAUUCCGCACUGAGUGCUUGCAGCAGAGGCCACCAGUGGCAAGGUGCAUUCCAGCUGUUCCAGCUUCUGCAGAGCCGGUCCUUGCAACCGGACGAAAUUUCAUUCGGUGCUGCAUCCACGGCCUGCAUCCGCGGUCGCGAGUGGGCAAAGGCCUUGGGGCUGUUAGCUUCGGUGUGGAGGCAGAAGCCACCCAGCCUGCUGCUCUUCACCUCGGCUUUGCGGGCAGCGCA